UAACGUGCUUCUACAUACAGAAUCUUUCUUUAAAACAUAGAAAGAGACAGAUCUCUAUUUACUUCUUCUUCUUCAUCCUCACUCUUUUUUUUUUUUUUAUCAAACUUCAGUCACACCGACAAUGUCAAAUUCAGAGGUGACAAGUCUAGCAGAUUCAUCACCGACAAGAUCUCCUCCCCGUCGACCAGCCUAUUACGUUCAGAGUCCCUCAAGAGAUUCCCAUGAUGGCGAGAAAACGACAAAUUCUUUCCAUUCCACCCCCAUUUUCAGUCCAAUGGGUUCACCGGGACCUCAUUCCCGUGACUCUUCCUCUACCCGUUUCUCCGGUUCACUCAAACCCGGAUCAAGAAAACCCGGCACAGGAGAUGCUACAACCGCCCGUCCACACCACAGGAAAGGGGAAAAACACUGGAAGGGAUUUGACGCCAUUGAAGAAGAAGGUCUACUCGAUGAAAACGAUUCCAAUGGAGGUCUCCCCCGUCGUUGCUAUUUUCCAGCGUUCAUUGUUGGGUUCUUCGUUUUGUUCUCAUUCUUUUCUCUCGUUUUAUGGGGAGCAAGCAGGAAUCAGAAACCAUCUGUCACAAUGAAGAGUAUCAUGUUCGAUCAGUUCGUGAUCCAAGCAGGGAGUGAUGGCUCCGGCGUAAGUACAGAGAUGGUUACAAUGAAUUCAACAGUGAAGCUAAUCUUUCAUAACAGUGGAACAUUCUUUGGUGUUCAUGUGACAUCAACUCCAGUAGAUCUAUCUUAUUCAGAACUUACAUUAGCUACCGGAACAAUUAAAAGGUUUUAUCAAUCGAGAAAGAGUAAAAGAACAAUGGCGGUGUCGGUGCAAGGAAAUAUGAUUCCUUUGUAUGGUGGGGGAUCGGAUUUAAGUAGCAAGGAAGGAGUGACGACGGUUCCUGUGCCGUUGACAUUGGAUUUCACUCUUAGGGCAAGGGCUUAUGUUUUAGGGAAACUGGUGAAACCUAAAUUUUACAAAAGGAUCAGUUGUUUUGUGGUGAUGGACCCCAAGAAGAUGAAUGUAGCCAUUCCAUUGAAGAACUGUACUUAUAAUAAUUGAUACAUUUUACUCAUCUGAGAGGCAAUGGCAAUGGCAAUUGGCAGCAGACAGACAAGAAAUGGUACUUUGAUCUUUUGUUUUGGUACUGUGUGACAUUUAAGAGCUUGUUUGAUCAUGGUUUUUUUGAUUUUUUUUUUUAUUGUUCGAUAAAAUAUAGGUUAUUUGGUUUUUAACAGUGAAAAUUAAGUAAUUGUAUUUUGAUAUUUUAUUUAUAAUAUGUGAGUUUUUAGUAAAAUAAAUAAACAUUAAAAGAGCACUAAGAG